UCGAUCUGUGGAUUUCUCCCAUGGAAGAAGAGGAGGGGAGGCCUCGCUUCUUCAAGGUCCUCAUCGGCGACUUCGCCCGCCGCCUCGAGAUACCUCGAGACUUCCUCAGCCACAUUGCAGAGGUGGGCUUCAGGGGUUCCGGCAUCUCAGCGGCAUCAUCUGUUAAAUUGACGCUUAAGCGCUCAGAACGGAAGACUUGGACUGUCGAACUAGAGAAGGUUGAUCGUUGUGUAUUUCUGACCACCGGAUGGCCCCAGUUUGUGGUGGACAAUUCUUUGAGGGGAUAUGAGUUCCUCCUCUUCACGUACGACAAGAAUAUGCAUUUUACGGUUUCGGUUUUUGGGUGGAAUGCUUGUGAGAAAGCGGUUCCAUCUUCAGGAAGUGGUGCUCAAGCUACUGAGAUGGAUAAAUUCGCCUCUGGUAAGAGGGGUCAUAGUGGUCAUGAAGUAACAGAGGCCGCUAAUAAUCCCACCCGUAGUCAUUCACUGGUUACGGUGGCAGAUCAAUCUAAUACGGAAAUACCCCCCUUUCAAAUGAUUACUCGAGGGAAUGGGCAUAGCUCAUCACAGAGCUUCGUUGACCUACAUCUUCAUCAAGUAGACGGUUCUAAGGACGAGUUAAAGACAUACUUAUUGCUGAAGGUGCCGAUGAAUGACGAUAGAGCUGUAGCAAUAGCUGAAGUAAUGAGAAGAUUGCAUCUUGACAAAGUGACAAUUGACUUAUUCUGUGCUACACUCUGUUUGCAUAAGUGGAACUCGGAUGCGGCUGCAGAGGAUUUUGAUGUAUGUAGAGGAAAACCACAAAUUCAGAACCAGUUUCUGAAGCAGAAACUUGUCCUGCAAUUUGAUUUUAUAAAGAGGCAACUACGAUGCUUCUUCCCUCCGGAGGAUGAUUGUUCUACUCAAAUACGUGAUAGCAAGAAGAGCAGCCUUGAGGAGCCAAACUUGUCGAAUCAGCCACUGCAGUUUGACCUGGCAGCAGUAAAGAGCAGGCUAGUUGGCGACCGCGAGUUAUGUGAUUUUUCUUACAAACAGAAGAGGAGAACAGGCAAGUGGCGAUCACUGCAGACUUCUGAAACACCACGAAGAUCACCAAGACUGGCGCGCUUGAAUAAUUCUCGUGGCAGCACAGAGACUGGAUUGAAAGAAAGACCUGGAGUGGUAGAAUCAUCAGUAGCUGGCACAAUUGAUCGGGUGGAGAACAGAGCAGCUCAAGCGUCUUUACCCUACGAGAAGCCAGACAGUGUUUCAGAAGUAGAUUGCCAGCAUAUUGUUGGUAUGCUGAUUUUGUCAGUUAGAACUUACAAGUGCGCUCUAACAUCUUGUACUGCAAUUGAAUCAAUUUGUCUCUUUUUAGGUUCCUUAUCUCGAGACUUCAAGAGACUCAAAUCAACAAGAGGUGUGGUGGGCUUAAGUGAAAAGCCUGAACAUAAUCAAGGAGAAAAUAAAGAAAAAAUAGAUCAAGGAAAUAAGGGAGAAACCCUUCAAGAGCAAAUCGAUAGAAAUGCUGUAGAGACUUAUGACUCACUCAUGGAGAGAGGUUGCAUAGAUACAUCACCAGCAACCAAGUCCGAGGUGUCAUCUUUGAGACUAAAUGAGCUAUAUUUGGCAUGGAAGCCCUCAGUACAUGCCAAUCCCCAUGAGGAAAUCUUACUUCAUAUUCAACGGGAUAACUUUACAAGGACCAUCUCACAUGUUCAGGGGAUUAUUCGGAGUCGUCCUUCAGAUCUACUGUGUGCAGCUAUAAUUGAAGCUGUUGUGCAGAAAGAACUUCUUAAAUGGGAUCCGUGUCUUGAGGAUGUUGAUGCUCAAAGGAUAGUGAUUGCAUUACUAGAGCAUGCUAAAAAAAUCAAGGAGAUUAUCAAUUUCAAUAUGGAUAGCCGGAAGGAAGAAUUUUCCACAAAGCUACAUGAUCAGCUUAAGUGGCAGCUCAAAGAACUGGAAAAUGUAUACACUUCCACGGAAGUAGAUUACAAGAAAGUAACACUUGAUGGUAGCAUAGCUGUCUCGACUUUGCAAGAACAGAAAAAAAAAUUGCAUGCCCUUCAGGGUGAGAUCAAAGACUCGCGACAGUCCAUGAUGAUAGAGGAUGAAAUGCAGAAAUUGGUGCAUGAAGUUGCUGAGCAGGAAAGUUUAGUCCAGAGGUCUCUAAUGGAAAGAGUAAGGGUUAAGACAGUUUUGAAGAGCUAUGAGCAGAUUCUUGUUGAAGCAAAAGAGCGGCUAGCCUUAAGUGAACUUGGAUUAAUUGAUGUCGAGACAUUGGUUAAGGUAGAGAUGGAUAACAUGAGGAAGGAGCUUGAGAUAUCCAAAAGAAGCCUCCUAAAUAUCGUUUUCAAGUAAUAGUAGAAAGAUGAUCUUGUUCAGUCGUAGGUAUUUCUUCUUCUGGCUAUGCUCCGCUUUGCUGUAACCCUUUAACAUUGUUCUAGAAGUUAAAAUCCGCAGCAUGUUUAUCAGGAGUGGAGGAAAGCAUGAAUCUCAAAUUCUCAAUGUGCAUAGCC